CAACGGCGUAGUAAUUCGGAAAAUAGCUCUGAUUGUCCAUUCCGGUUAAUACUUAAAUAAAUUUAUUAAUUGCCGAAAUUUUGUAUACUAGGCGCUUUUGUUAUUUGUGGAACUGAAACAGAUGUUUAGACCAAAUACAUAUGUAUGUGCGCACAUUUGUAAGACAGCGAUGUGAAUGAAAACUGAAUGAAAACAAAAAUAGAGGCAAAUGUAAAGAAAGGAAAACCAUAUGACUGCAAAUGAAUACAACCUUCACGGGACAUGCGCAAAGCUUUCGACGAAAGGAUGUUUUCGAAAAUGUUUACGAACAUACAACAGCACUCAUUCAUAUGUAUACCUUUGUAUUGACAGUGCUUUCUGAUAGAAGAGUGAAAGCGGCUCAAACGAUAAUUGCACAUUUUCGAAAAAUCAGUAUAGCUUAAGAGGUUUGAGAAGAAUAGACGUUAUUUCCAGGAAGCGGUGAAAAUAUUUCUACGAAUCAGAAUUGAAGUUUAAAUGGGCAGUCAAUGAAGUCAGCGGUGCAUUGUUCGUGACUCGUCGUCAAAAUUCCAAUACACAUACAUACGAACAUACAUAUAUAUUUAUUGGCGAAGGUAAAGGCAAGGAAGGAAUAAAUGAAUGGAAAAAGUCGCACAAAAUCUAUUCUCGAAACCUUCGCAACGAUUAAGCUCUGGUACGUGGAUAUGCACUUGGGGUGCAGCUUCAAAGUCAGUAUAAUUUGGAAGUGUGCAUAACUUAAGUUAUAGUGAGAAAAUAAAGUGAAAAUCGAUUUGCGAUUCUGGUUCGUGAACAUUUAAAGACGGAUACUUAAACGCAAUGGCGACAUCAACAUCGGCGGCCUCAACAUCGGUGUCGGCGUCAGGCUCGGCAUCGGCAUCCACAUCAACAUCAACCUCUGGAAAUACGGGUAUCGGCUCCCCCUCUACAUCGGUUAUAUGUGAAGAGGUCUUUGAUGAGACUGAACCAAGUGCUGAAGAAAUCCAUGAUUAUGCUUUGAUGGUUGGCAUUGAUCCAGUUAAAGAACCGCACUUACUUUAUUUGGCGAAAGAGGGGUUGAUGCAGGCACUGCCAACCGAUUGGAAAAUAUGUUAUUCCGAGGAGAAAUGUGGACACUAUUAUUACAAUAUCAAAACGCAACAAUCACAAUGGGACCAUCCGCUCGAUGCGGUCUACCGAGAAUUAGUAGAACAGGCGCGGCAAAAGCACACAGUAAUAGCGGCCACACCUGUCAUCGACAACUCAGAUGAUGCGUCGCAACUGGACUCAGGUAUACGUAGUCUACAAGGUAACGAUGAAUGCGACAACACCAACAACACAAAUGAAAUGUCUUCACCGGUAAGCAAUGUAAAUACAAAUUGCACUGCAAGGUCUAUGAAUAAUGCAGUAGCUGCUGCAACUGGUGUAGGAGCUAAUGCUGCGGGUAUUGCUGGCAUCGGAUUAACAAACAAUUCAGGUUCGACUUCGAAUAGUACAAGCACAAGUGGAUUUAGUGGUGGUGUUAGCCGGUUUUUGGAAUCCAGAAGUAAAAAUUUUGGUCUUAACUUUCAACCGGUGAAAGGAUCUCGUUUCGAAGUAUCGAAAACAAACCCUCAAAUAUCUUUAGCAAUGAAAUUUGGUGGCGAAUGUUUUACUUCGAAGUUGGCGGUUGCGAACAAAGUUGAAACGGAUGUUGGUGCUACAGGUGGUAUAGAUAAGCGAGCUUUUGUGUUAUCCGGUACUGGUGCGAUGUUCCUAAAAUCGCGCAAGCAAAUGGAAACUGGGCUAAAUCAAGCCACUGCUGCUAUGUUAUUGAACUCCAACUCAAAUAAUGUAAUUGUAGAGGGACCCGCUGGCACGCCACCGGGCGUUAAGGGCAUAUUGCGCGAUUCAAGCUUAACAGAUAUGCGACGAAGAUUCGAAAAAGAUGAUGCAGAAAAUCAAGGUGUAGAGGAUAAGAAAAGUGUACGUUUCAAUUUAGAUGAAACCAAAAUACGAGGAUCGCCGGAGGAGGACCAAAGCAGUUCGCGUAAAAUAACUCAGAGCCCAGAAGCAUCAGUAUAUUCAGAUGACGAUGAUGUAGAAGAUGAUGAUCCUUGGGACGAUGAUAAUGACGACGACAAUGAAGGUUGCGUUGGGUAUGAUGUACUUGGCGCUGAAGGUGGUAUUCCACGUAGUCUUAACCCAUUCCUAAUGAAUGAUGAAGUAAAAAGAAAGGAAAUACAAGUUAUAUCGGUACCUAAGGCACAAACAAUACAAAUGCUAAAGGCACAAAGCUUUUCCAUGGAUCUCCCUGAACGUGAUCGUGCCAAACUCUCAGAGUUGGCUCGCUCACAAAGUACUGAAUCGGGCAAUAUACCGCAACCAGUUUCUGUGGUAAGUUAUCUCGAAAAAUUGAAAGAUAAUUCUACAACGAUUAAACCAAUGUACGAGGACACAGAUUCGGAAUCAAAAGGCAGUUCCGUACGAAGUUUUAUUAUAAAUAAAUCCGAACAGGAUUCUGUGAAUUCAAUUGUGCCUGCUGUUAAUCCGUUUGAAGGUGAUGAAAAUGCUACUAAAAAUAAUCGUGAGCUGGAGCAAGCUGAGGCCAAAUCCGGAACGCAGAAACCCGUUUUGCGUACAUUAAAGGUGGCAUCUAAGAUUGUCAGCUUUCUGAAAAAAGAUACUGAUAAAGCUGAGCGAGAAACUUGUGUUCAAACACAAAAUGACCGAGAAAAUUACAAAGACUAUGAAAUUCAAAAACAAGAGGCUGAAAAAGAAAAAGAGGUAUUACUUAAAGAGGAACGCGAACGUUUAGAGGACCAACUUCAAAGAGAAAUAGAUGCCAUCAAGAUUGAUCAUGAACACAAGCUCGAAAGUAUUCGACAAGAAUAUGAUUCUCGCUUGACAUCUCACCGACAUGAAAUGGAACAAACAUUCCAAACACGCUUGAAUGAGUAUCGGGCGAAGUUGGAGGAAGAGUUGAUUAUAAAACGAAAAGUUGUUGUAGAUGAACACAAGGCGCAUAUGGUUACACUACAAAAGAAUCACACCGAAAUUUUACAAGAUCUAGAGAGAGACUUGAAAAGCGAAGAAGAAAUCAUUAAAAAGGAACAUGCACGUAAACAUUCUGAGAUGCGUGACAAGUUGGCACAUGAAUUAGAGUUGGAACAUCAGCGUAUGCGUGAAACAGGUGAAGAUAGAUUGUAUGAAAAGAUACGUUGCGAAAAGCGUUUAUUAGAAGAUAAGUAUCGCUGUUUAAAGGAGAAAUAUGUGCGUCUAAAAACAGAUGUUAAACUAUCAUUGGAACGUCGUAAUCGACGACGCGAAGCGCAAGCACUGCACCAACAAAGUCUUCACACGAAUACUACUACAACGGGCUCAGAGACGGAAAGGUCAAUUUCAAACAAGCCAUCUAUUGGUAACAGCGAGAAUCGUUCACUUUCCUUGUCGACUUCUUGCCAAGAACACGGGGGUGUUGGCAGUAUCGGUGCAGUCCCUCAUACACUAUUGGGCAGUAAGAGCGCAAAACCACCAGUGCCACCUAAAACUCAUUUAACGCCUGUUACCGGCAGCAAAGAGCAUGGAAAUUCUGUGGUCCGUGAACGUUCAAAUGAACGUGGACAACUACCAAUAACACGGAAGCCGGGCAUUGCCUCAAAAUAUAUUAAGCACUUGCAAGUUCAAGAUGACACAACUACUUCGAUUAGUCAAUCAGACACGACUAUAUCGAACAACUAUAGCAAGGGACGUUAUCUACCAGCCCCAAUACUGAGCGAUAAUGGAAACUCCGACUCAGAGGCUGCUUUCCAAUGCAAUCAAGAGAACAAUAAUAACGGACGUGGUAAUGGUCAACGCAAGAAAAUAUUUUCCCGCUUGAAGUCCGCUUCUACAUCACGUUUGAAUUCAGACAACUAUAAAAACGACCGACCUUGUACACCGGUUGAGAAUUUGCGUCAUCAGCUACAGAAGCUAGAAGAUUUAGAAGAUCAAUUUCCUGACAAUACACUCGACACUACUUACCAUUUACGCUAUCCAUUCUCCGAUAUAUCCAACGAUCGUGCCGGUGCUGGCAACAGUUCGGAGCUUGAGUUUUUCAAACAUCGCAUACAUUUGGAGCGUGAUAGUGUGCGACGCGCCAAGGAAUCAUUACGCACACAGCGUACUAAUUUCCGUGCACGACAACGUGAGAUCAAACAGCGUCAUAAGGCUUCCACAACACGUCAUUCACUGGACCAGCUUAUACAAGAGGAAAAAGAAUUGACAGAAAUGGAAGUGAAUUUGCACCGCACACGUGCCCUACUCGGCGAGAAGGUUAUACGAUUACGUCACUUGGAACAAAGCCUUUUAAGAAUUUACGAAAAGGAGAAACCCACCAUGGAUUUGCUGGGCAUAGAGCAGAAAGACGAUGCCACGCUAAGUGAUCUUUCAUCACAUUCAAGUUCAGGCUUUAGCAGCACAGAUUUCGCCAGUGGCGCAGACACGCACAAUUUGCACAAACGUAAAGAGAACUAUCACCAGGAAUCAACAGAAUGUAUACAAAAUCUAGAAAUUCUAAAUGCUGAAAUUCGAGAAAUUCUCGAUAUACUUGGCAAAAGUCAACAACACGGAGGCAUACCCAUGAUCUCACCCUCGGAGUUGAAUUGGUCACACAUGCUCUCAACCGGUAUCAACUCAGCUUCCACACCACAAGCAAAUCUUCAAAAUUUUGGCGCAACCGCUACGCUUAUGCAUGCACCACAAUCCAUACCAACACUAGCUGAUCGCUUGGAGACAUAUCGUCAACUUGCUACUGGACGCAUGCAAAAUUCUAUGGGCGGCGCUAUACUCGCCGCAAAUACCAUAGUUUCGCAAAGUCCACGCGCCGUCAACUAUACGACUAGUCUAGUGGAGCGUACCAGAGAUCUACGCAAUUGGCUGCGGCAAGCUAAAACAGAACACGAAUUACUAACCGGCGGUAGCAACAUUGUUCUACCAAUGCAACAUGGUGGUUUAGGUUCGACAGGCAGUGCCUUGGGUGUGAAUACGGUGAGCAUUCUUAAUACUAGGGAAUGUGGUGGCAGUGUUAAUGGCGCUGCCGGUGCUGUGGUAGGUGCUGGAACGACAGCCACAACUGGUGGAGGCGGUGGCACGGGUACGCAGACAAAUCUAUAAUUAGGAUACAAUGUUUUCUGCUGCUGGCGCAGUCAGGAACCUAAGGCUUAAGACGUUGGCAUGUGCAUUCAGAGGGUAGUUUAAUAGGUGUACAGCCUAAUAUAGCCAAAUUCGAGAAUUUCCGUGAUUGAUUAGAAUACUCUAGUCUCUCUAGUAAUGUGAGUGUAAAGAAAGUCUAAUUGCAAAGAUCAAACUUCUUGAUUAUAGAAACUAAAGGCAUUUUGUAGCGAAAGUGUCUGCAUAAAGUUUUAUCGGAUCUCUAUUCAAAACCAAAGAUAAUCGUUAUUGAAACUAAAAGAUUGAAUAUAAUAGUUGUAUUUGUAAUAAAAACUCAUACAGAAGUUAUAUCAUAUAAAAGUAUAGUUCUGGUGCCAAAACAAUGUAUUUGCUUGUGAAGGAAAAGAGAAUGUGGUCGGACAUAUACUCGUAGUUAAAAUUACAUAAUUAUGGCAGAAACUAAUUUUGUUUAGUGAAUACAAGCCAAUAUUAACAAAAUUUCAAAUUGAAAAAAUACUUCACCACAUUAACUAAAUAUUAAAUAAAAACGAGAUAUGUUCUUUUAGCUUCUAAUAAAAGCAAUCCAUUCCUUGGCAUAUUAUGAUAUUAUUAUUUUAUUUGAAGAAUUAAUCGAAAUAUCUGAAUGUGAUAUAUAAGGCACAUACACAUCCAACCACCUACAGUACUUAUGGUCAGACAUGAUUCUAAAGUAACAUCCACAUGUAUAUGUAAGUUGUAAGUAAGGUGGUCCUUAAAACUAAACUAAAAAUAUUUUAUACUUAACAAUGACGAUUUUGUUUUAACGAUUGGAGAUGGCUGGUACUCAUAAUAUUACGAAUAUGAAAACGUUAAGUGUUUUAUUAACUAAUAAAAAAUCGGCACUGUUACAUAUAGUCGCAGAUAGUACAAAAUAGUUUAUUUUUCAUAUGAUUAUAUAAUGUAUGGCCACGGUAUGAUUAUCCUUAACCUAUUUAAGGGGGUCAUCCCAUGUGACGGCCUGUGUUUUUCUAUGACCAGUUAAUAGAUAAAGGUUUAAGUUUAUUAUCAUUUAUUAACAUAUAUUUCGACAGUAUAAAUAUAAAUUUUAAGCUAAAAAUAUUGUGUAGAACAUGGGUUACAGCAUUCUGAACACCCCCGCCUCAUGGUUCCUCCACGAUUGGCAUAUCUGAAUAAAAAAAAAUUAGCAGCGUGAGCCUUAAUGCGCAGUAUGAACUAUUAUCAAAUAUUGGACUUUUGGUAGACAUUUGAAAAUAAAGUUGCGAAUUUUACGUUUUUUUUUUUGUUAUAUUCUGUAACAAAUUUUUUGAUUAAUAAUAGUUGCUGAGUGUACCCUACAAAUUUUAAGUCAUUCGCUCAAGCCGUUUUUGAAAUACCAAAAACGCGUUAAAAGUUUCAAGUCCGUUAAACAAUAGCCGAACAGCUCCUUCUUCUAACUGUUGUAUCUUUGAAACGAUUUCGAAUUUUUAAAAAUCACUUUACUAACGUAUUAUAGACAUGUUAAGGAAGCGAUGUAUGAAAAAAUUAAUUUUAUUUAUGACCCCCUUAAAUGAUUCUGAUUUUAUAUAAAUUGACUAAACUAAUAUUGAAUUUAUACAAUGACUUAAAAAAAUAGUAUGACUUUGAUUUUAGCCUUGUCUUUCGCUCAACACGCCUUAUUUGCCUCUAUAUGGUAUAUUCGACUUUACUAUCAUGAAGAUGUUAAAAUUUUCUAAAUCAGUUAAAAAACUUAUCUUCUACAGACCCUGUAAUUUAUCAAAAUUUUAAAAACUUUUUUUAAGGACCAGCCUUGUGUUGAUUGCUAUGUUUUGGACUAGCUGAAACGUACGAAAUCUGUUGCCGAAUUUAAGGAUCAACUUAAUGUGCAUUCAAAAACGCUUAAAUUGUAAUAGAUAACCAUGCCUGGAUUGCAUCGUACUUCUGCAAUGUAAACAAAUUGAUAGAAUACUUACAUACUUGUAUAUUAAAAUUUUUUUUUUUGCAAUUGAAGACAUUUUACUUCAAAGCUUUCGAAAUGUGUUACGAAAAUUCUUACUUUUCCUUUAGGGAUCAAACUAAAGUUGGACUUCUUUCUAGCUGCAACUUUUUAAAUCAACUUAAUGUGCACAUAAAGGGCUUAAGUGGUAGUAAAAAAUCAUUUUUGAAAAGCAUUUUUUUUCUGUACAGUAAAUAUGUGUUUUUUGUUUUGAUUUGAGGGAGUACUAAUAAUUACUCAAAACAUUUUUUAUUUGUAGGCAUUUGAAGAAAAUCCCAUUUGAUAAUUUUAAAGAUAAUGGUUUCAAGCUAAUUACUGUAUGGAAUCCCCGUGAACUGGUACCGGUUAGAUUAAUGAAUGAAAUUUAUGUACUCAUACUUAAUACUUUAACACUUUCAAACACUUAAAUAAUAAAAACACAAAAUCUAAAGGAACUAUGAAUAUUAACAAAUAUAAAUAUCCAACGUAUGCCUACACGGGCAAAUUUGCAUAUAUGUCUGAUUAAAACUAAUAUCACAUAGAAAUGUAUUUCUUGUACUCCUUUUUUAGUAACUACAUCUAUAUUGUAUACAUAUGUACAUAUACCUAUGUACAAAGUACACAUAGUCUCCCUAAAAACUUUGUAGAUUGAGCGAAUAUUUUUAUUAAACUGAAGAAACAACAGAUAUCCAUAAAUCUUAAAACAAUAAUUUCAAA